AUGAAGGAACCGGAGGUUAACUUGCCGGAACUGAGAGCAAUGCCUGUCACGUUGAUGUCGACUCAGGCGCAUCAACUCUUAACAAAAUAUUCGUCAUAUCAUAAACUAUGUAGAAUCGUAGCUUUUUGUUAUAAAUUCGCAGAAAACUCUAGAUCCGGCAAAAGAACAACACCAAUUACAGCAGCAGAAUUAGACAAAGCCGAAAAGAUCGUAAUUUGUUGGGUUCAACAAGAAGCGAAGGAGCUUUGCAGCCUACAAGAAGGGAGAACGCUCCCGCGAAAGAACGCAUUACGAGCAUUAGCAGCCUACCUUAGCGAAGAUGAUCUUAUUCUACGGGACAGACAUGAGCGAUUGCUACACUGUCCACCGGAGCAAUUGCUGCAUGAUGUUCGAGAGCGAUUUUGGCCGAUCGGUGGAAGGCGAGAAACGCGUAAAGUUGUCAAGAAAUGCAUCAAGUGCUAUUGUUUUAAUCCAAUUCCGGCGGAGGUCAAAAUGGGUGAUCUUCCCGCGGAAAGAGUUCGCAGUUUUAAUCGUCCAUUUACCACAACAGGUUUAGAUUACGCCGGCCCAAUCCAAGUUCGGGAAAUCCGACGACAAGGAAGGAUCCACAUAAGCAAAGGAUACAUCGCAAUAUUUGUAUGCACUAGCACGAAAGCAGUGCAUUUAGAGAUCGUAACCGAUCUUACAACGGACUCAUUCCUAGCAGCUUUGCGCCGAUUUGUCGCUUGUAGAGGAUUAUGCGCUCAAAUAUUUUUUGACAACGGAACGAAUUUCGUUGGCGCUGUUAGACAUCUCAAGGAGUUGUACGAGUUUAUGAACGAGGAACAAGAAGUAAUUAAAUCCGAAUUGGCGGAUCAACGUAUAGAAUGGCAAUUCAUUCCGCCCCGCGCGCCCAAUUUCGGCGGGCUAUGGGAGGCGGCGGUGAAGAGCGCAAAAAGAUAUUUGUUCACCGUAACAAAAGGACGUAUCCAUACAUACGAAGAGUACAGCACUAUUCUUGCCCAAAUAGAAGCUGUGCUCAAUUCAAGACCGUUGACUCCACUUUCCAGUGACCCGCUGGAUUUGUCAGUUCUGACACCUGCGCAUUUUCUAGUUGGUGGCUCGCUCUUGCAGCCCGCUCAAGUCAAUCACCUCAAUACACCGGAUAAUUCAUUAGCCAAAUGGCAAAAAAUGCAAAAAUGA